UGCUUUUUGUCCCUUUGAGCGCACGGUAGAAACAGGAAGUACAAGAGAAAGCUACAGCAAAACAAAAACAAAUUGAUGCUAAACCAUCUAAAUUACACGUUGUCUCAAAAUGGACAGUCAAAACCCAAAGUCAACGAGUAACGAAUCACGCUGCGUAUUUGUUAAUACAGAUUCAGACGACUAUCAAUGCGUGGUGAUUUUAAGGGUAAAACGAGCCACAGGAACCUUCUCCUUAGUAGGAUGCAUUUUCAUGCUCUUUGUGAUCUGGCUGCUCCGCAGGUAUCACUCUCUGGCUCAGAAGAUGAUUCUCAGCCUGACAGUAGCCGCCUUCUUCGACAGCGUAGCAUAUGUCAUGGGUGAUGCACAUCCAGAGGGGGCUCUGUGUGACUUCCAGGCCUGCUGGCUAACUUACUUUGACUGGAGUGCCUUGGCCUGGGUUUGUCUCAUCACAGUGAACCUGUACCUCAACCUGGUGCGAGAAAUCAGCACCAACAGAUAUGAGAUAUGCGCGUAUAGGUACGCACACCCCUUCCACCCAUCCUUGUGUGAGGGGGUUAGGCCGGAAAAAAAGUUGUGGAUUCAAAAUGUAUUAAAUCCUGUGUUUUUUUUACGACCUGCUCGUGUUUGUGCUUUCUGCAGAUGGUACGUGCCUCUGUUCAGCCUCAUCUUCUUGAUGAUCUGCUGCAACGCCAGGAUAAUCUGCGUGGCCAAUGCAAGGAUGCAGUCAUGGUUGGGAACCUUCAACCCAGAGAGAGAGAGACGAAAGCUCUCCUUGGCGGAGGAGAUCAAGCCAUUGAAGUGGUAUCCUUCCGUUUACCUGCUGGUGUCCAUCUUUCCCCUCAUCAACAGGCUCCAUAAUGCCUUCUACCCACAGGAUCCGUCCUUCCCGCUCACCCUGUUGCACGUCCUGUCGGCACCGCUCCACGGCCUGGCCAACGCGUUUGUCUUCGGCCUGGAUAGGGAUUGGUGGAGCCUACUGAGCCUCACUGGCAUGCAGCUGGCUCUGCAGUCGCGGCUGUGUGACAGGACUCGGAUCGGAGAGUACCACCCCGGGGCGGUGCGCUACACACAGGCUGACCUGGUCGACCUCAGCGAUGACGACGACGAUGACACCAACGUGCUCUUCUACUCUCCUGACAUGACCCUGAAAGACAGAGGGCCCUGAGAGAGAGAGAGAGGGAGGGAGGGAGAGAAAAGAGCUGGAGGGAAGCCCGAAGGAAGAGAGACGCAGCGGAUUAGAAACCGAGAGGGAGGAACAAGAGGUGUGGGGGGGUGGAAGGGAAAAGAUUGGGGGGACAGUCGGGCAGAUAGAAGGCGGAGAUGAGCUGUCAGGUUCCAUUAUUAAUCCCCAUCCUUUACUAUUUAAUAUCCUAAAGACACACACACAUACUGAGCAGAGCUGCAGCUCCCUGCAACACUAUGAGGAGAGAGGAGCGGCUCUAAAGAUCCUCCUGAUGUUAAAGGCGUCUGCUGCAGAGCCAAAGGUCCUACAACAACUCCAGCAUUCUGCAGCGUUUUGGCAUACCACGAAAACAUGAAGAAUGGCUCAAAGGCAAUCAUAACAAGGUGUUUGUUUAGCAUUCACAGCAAUUACCUUUUCACUUCUCUACGGGGGGUGAAAAACGGGCCUUUUAAAAGGACCUCGUGUGUCAGAAGUUGAAAGCAUCAAUUUUCUUGGGGGGGUGGGGGGUACAGUGGCAAUACAGGAAGAGGACUUUGGUGGGGCGAAUUAGUCCCAAAGCAGUCUCUCCUUCCUCGGACAGUAUCUGUGUUCCCUUGUUUCAUCUUAUGACAUUACUGUUGUUGCAACUUUUCGCACAAGUAUUACUUUGAAAGACUGUUUGUAUUGUUGUUGUUUUUUAUGGAAUACUACAUUUGUUUGUUGCACUGUAUUUAUCAACAACCUGUACAUAUGUAUAUAUAGUGUACGCUCUAUUUUUGUACGUGCCUCGGACCGGAAUGUGAGGUUUGGUCCAAAAACCUGCUGCUCUCACGGAGACAGUCGAGGAAGAUUCAAUGGAAGCUAUGAACUUAAAAAAAAAACAUCUCACUAGUCGACGCAGACACGCGGGGCCUUCUUGGAAACGAUGACGAAGCAACAGCCUCUGACGGUUCAUUGCCUCGUGGCCCUUGUCCGUGGCGCUGAAGCGGGUGGGGGCAUAUAGCUGAGGUGUGAUUGGCAGGAUAAUAGAGUCGCUAUAUAUUCCACAUCAGCCCGUUGUUUUUUUCACACACGUCGAGGUGGUUCCGUCACUGUCGGGGCGCGAGCUGCCGCCUGUCAGCUGCCUCUGACAAGUUGAACUAAUGAACUGACACUUGACCCCCUUUUUACCCUUGAGUUGCCGAGCUCUUCUGCCGGGGCGGCAGUGAACGCCAGAGUGCAACUUUCGUUUGCAGUUCACAGAGCCCCCACCACUGUAUCACACACACACAUAUGCUCACGUGCACCAUGCCCCUACCCCUCUUUUGGCACUGUUGCUGAUUUUACUUGACUGUGCACUCCCAUCAAAUAAAUGAGCAGCAGAGACAUUUCAUAACAAAGCUGAGACUGGGCGUGUUUAUUUCAUUUUCACAUUCAUGCAAUCCCUCAUUCCCCCUCGUGCAGCUUCCCCUGCCUCCUGCGAAGUGUCUGUUAGUGAGUGUGUGUGCGUGUGUGCGCGUGCGCUUAAGACGCCUCUUAGACCUGGGCUGCUUAAAUAAUGGAUAUUAAUUAUUGGUCGGACCCUGCUGCCCCCCCCCCCCCCCGCCGGGUCUCCAAAUCUGGUUAACUGGAUUUUGAUUAAUGGAAUACGCGCGCCAUGUCCUCCAGAAAAGCUAGACUUUUCCCCCCUCCACGCGGCUCUUCCGCGGAAGCUCGAGCGUCUCGAGCCCUGCGCCCGUCUCCACAUAAAGAGCCCGGGAAAAAUAAGCGAAUCUCCCUGUCACGCAAGAAGAAUUAUUACACCCCCCCCCCUCUCUCAUAUCGUCGCAUGCGCCGUAAUUGGAUACAAUUUAACACCCCGCGGCCCACGGGCAUGUCGGCAGGCGCGCUGCCUGCUAUUAGCUCGCCUCGCCUCGCCACCCUAUCAUUUGUCAGAUCAGUGUUUGUGUGCCUGUGCGCGCGCGUGUGUGUGUGUGUGUUUGCGCACGUGCAUGUGGCUCGAGAAACCGGAGCCAUUGUUGGAGUCCGGCCAUGACCUAGCUGUGACGCACAGAGAGAGGAAGAGAGAGAGCGAGAGAGAGCGAGGGGGGAGAGGGGGGAGGGAGAGGCGACAGCAGCAGCCCAGACGCUGGCUGAAAAACAAGCCGGAGCUGUCGCCU